CAUCGUACAGCCUUGGGAGACAAGCACAAAGCUUGAAGCUUUCUUGACGGUACUUGAGCUCAAGAAACAAAGAAAAAGCAUCCUUAGAUCGUCGGAGUUAAGUUCCAUCCAAGCAAAGUACAUGGUUGAUAUAGAGUUCCCGGUUCCAGCCGCUCUUGAUCCAUUUGCUGAAGAGGAAAAUUUAGGUGCCCGUGGAGCGAAAGAGUAUGUUCAUAUCCGCAUACAGCAGAGGAAUGGAAAGAAGAGCGUGACAACUGUUGAGGGACUGAAGAAAGACGUUGGCUUCGAGAAGCUCCUCAAGGACCUCAAGAAGGAGUUCUGUUGCAAUGGCAAUGUCGUGAAUGACAAGGCACUCGGGAAGAUUAUCCAGCUUCAGGGUGAUCAGAGGAAGAAGGUAUCCCAGUUCCUUGUUAACAAAGGUCUCGCGCAGAAGGAUCACAUCAAGAUUCAUGGCUACUAGGUUACUGGGUUUGAACAGGUCAGGAUUUGCAUACUACAACUUUAAGAAUAAAAGUUAAAGAGGGUUUGCUAUUGUGGGUUUGUUUCUGUCCUAUGUUUGGUUGUUCUAUUGGAAAACCAAUGAAAUGCAGUAAUAUUAAGGUUUUUAUUAAUAAAAUUGAACAUCUUUU